AUGUUAAGAAGCGGGCCUAAUAAUAGCAAUAAAAAUAACGCUAAUAAGCCUGCUAGAAAAGGAUUUUAUAUUCCUGAUUCUCCAGGUAGUAGCACAAUUUCAGGGAAUUCGACGCCAAAAAUAACCGAAUUAAAUACUAACAUUAUCCAAUUUUUUUUACAAAAACAAGAUCAACAGCAAAGCUUAUACUAUGACAAUAAUAACAAUUUUAACAAUGGAGGUUCAAAUAUUAAUAAUGACUCACUUCUUACGAACUCGAACCCAAAUCCAAACCUAACUACAACAUCUAAUUUUAACAUCAAUAUAAACCAUAACAAUUCGUCAAAUAUAAGUACGAAUUUUUUUACAAUAACAAAAUAUAUAUUACAAUCAUAUUUCAAAGUAUCCAACAAUGAUUUACCCCCUUUAAGAUUAGUUGAUUUAAUUGUUGACCAGAUAUAUCCAGAUUCCUUAACAUUACGAAAAUUAAAUGAAAAUGCAAGUAUGCGACCUUAUCAUUACUAUAAUACUGUAUCUAGAGAUGAAAACAUCUCCAGAUGCCCUAUAUUUUCAUUAGCAGUAUAUUUUCUAAUACGAUGGAGUCAUCCAAAUCCACCAAUCACCACCGAGAAUUAUAUGAAUAUUCCUCUAUUAGAUGUAUCAUUUUUAUCUUUAAACCAAAAUGUAGAUUAUAAAGGUCCAGUUCCACUAAAAACACCAACUUCAUCAGAAAAAAUAUCUCGUGCAAACAAUUUUGAUCCUCCAAAAGAAUUGAUUUAUUUAUUAUUCCCGUGGUUACCAACUUUAAAACAAGAGAUUCAAUUACUUGAAAGAUCAAAUUACAGAUUAUAUUCUUUAUACGAACUAUUUGAAUUUAUUGCAAAAUCUUUAAUUCAAGAUUUGAAGUAUCUAACAAAAAAUCCUUCAUUGCUACCAAAUAUUGUAACAUUUGUUGCUAAAUUUGUACCUGAUCUAUUCCAACACGAACUCUUUGUAAACGAUAAAAGCACAUCUAAAAAUAUUUCGAACGAACCUAUACUAAAUAACUCAACAAGAUAUAACAGUGGACCAAAUAAUAAUAACAUUGAUACACCAAACGUGAACUACUCCAAUAACCAAAAUCUUAACAAUAAUGGUAACACAAAUUAUCUAUGGAGUAAUUACAAUAAUAAUAUAAUGAACUCAAAUGAAUCGUCAAAUAAUACAGACAAUAAUAGAAACAAUAAUUUUAAUUCCAUGUACAAUAAUAUUACUUCAUCCGUGAAUAAUGAGCAAUUUAAUAAGUUCAACGGUAUGUAUUCCUCUGUAUCUUCAAAUGGACAAUCGUUAAUUAAUCCAAUGCCGUUUUCAUCUAAUGGCAUCUCAUCACAAAAUUCUAGUGUUAAUUUUACCUCAAAUGUAUCUAAAAUAAAUUCUGUUGGUACAGAAGAUAUUUCUACGGAUAAAUAUAAAGAAGCUCUUCCUAGAAUGUUGGACUCUCAUUACAUGUCUAUUUCUAAGAGAUUAACUACCGAAAAUGUAAGACUAAGUCAGCAGGUUACUCAGCUAAGAUCUGAUUUAAACUCAGUCAAUUCAAUGUGCAGACAAUUAUUAGAAUUACAGAAAAAACUAUUAACAAACGUUAAUAAUUUUAAUAAUAAUAAUAACCACAUUAAUAAUAAUUAUAAUAACAACAUAGGUAUUCAACCUACUAAUAAUGCUAACAACAUAAAUAUUAACGAUAGUAUUGAUAACUCCAAUUUAGAUCAAUUGCUAGGCGGAAACUCAAAUGCAUACAACAACAACAAUAACAAUGCCAAUCCCAAAAAUAAUGACAACCAACAAGCAAUGUAUUCUCAGAAUUAUCCAGCUGCCACUGAUGCUUCAAAUUCCACAGGAUUUAAUUCAAAAAAUGGCAAUAAUAAUAUUAUCAUUUUAGAUAAAAAUUCAAUUAAUAUGGAAACUUUAUCACAAUUAUUUUCUUAUAUGAAUCAGAAUAGCAGUAAAACCUCGAAUACUAAUAAUCAGUUAGGACAAGAAUAUCAACAAUUUCAACAACCAAAUGUUCAAGCAUCACAACAAUUGCCGUUCCAGCUAUCUCAACAACAAUUACAAUCUGUACUCUCAACACAAUAUUCAAAUCAGCAACAAAUGCAACACCAGUUACAAGCACAAACUCAACAAAAUGCAUCACAAAACCAAUUCAUUUCUUCAGGAAACCGCUCACAAUCCGUUAAUAAUCCUCCAGAAACUAUGAUCCAACAACAUCAGGAAUCAAAUAUUCAAGAACAACCAAUGCUACAACGAGGUAGAUCAUACCCUAUGCAAGCAUCUACUCAAUUCAAAGAGAUACAGAGCAUGCAUCAGGAGAAUUUUACAAAUACCCAACAAACAAGUUCAACCAACAACAUAUCUACUAUCUCUGCUAAUGAAGAUAAACAAACUUUACAACAACCAUCCAUACCACCUCAACAAGCAAGGGCCACUCAUAUUGUCAAUGAUGAAAUUGUAUUAUCUCCAAUUAUGAAUUCUGUAGAACUUCACAAAUCAUCGUCCAAUUCAAACCAACUUCCAUCACAACACCUACUUCAACACCAAGAUACACAAGGCACGAAACAAAACUUGGGUCAACAAUCAUACGCAUAUUCUACGGCGGACACACGAGUUAUUUCCCAAGAUCAGCAACAAAACUUAAUAUCUACGCCCCAUCAUUCAUCACAAGUAUCAAGCAUUCAUUCUACUCCAUCUCAACCAGGUAUACAAACAACAAUCACACAACCUACAGAUUCGCAACCUGCUAGAAGGCCUUAUCGUAUUCCAACGACAAUCCCAUCCACUGGUAAUGGUAUUUUACUCUUAUCACCCAUUAAUGAAGAUGAUCGCAAUUUAGGUCCUCCAAGUCCUAAACGCAUUAGAUUAGACGAUAAACAGACUACUUCACAAACUGCUCUAAAUGCUCUUUUAAAAAAAUCUAACGAUAAUAUGAUGCCAACUAAUAAGAACGUAAUUCCAUUAAAUAACAAUGAACGAAACUCUAUUACAGUUGACAAUCAACCAGGCAAUAUGUUAGGUAAUCAAACUAGUAACGUAUCAAAUGCUUCUCAUGAAAAUGAUGAUGAUUUGGCCUUCCCUGGAAUGUCACCUUCCCAAACUGUGUUUUUUGAUAAUCAUGGACUUACACCACAAAUUGAUUCAGUUAUCAGUGCAGUCUCUGGCAACUUUAACAGAGAUACUAAUACAAUUAAUAAUCAAGCAAAUAAUGCUGAAAAUAUAGGCAACCUUCAAAAUUUAAUUCAGAAUAUUCCUUCUAAUCAAAUAAACUCUGCAGAUAAUAUGAUGAAUGACUUUGAUCAGGAACCCAUAUCUAAAACAGAUCCGACAAACACUGGAGUUGUUUCCAAUCAAUUCAAUGGUACUAGCACAAACCAACUUUCUUCUACACAAGAACAUUCAUCAGAUGAAUUGAACAAUCCUCAAAUAAAUUCAUUAGAAAGAAUUGAUACGAAUAAUACAGAAGCUUCUGUUGCAAAUAAUGAGAUAGAUAGCACUUUAUUACCAGCUAAUUCAAACUUGAAUACAAAAGGUAAUCAAGAUAUCACUAUAGAAACCAAUGCUGAAAUUAAUGAUACCAACGCUACGAGCGCUAAAGAGAAUAAAGGGAAUAGCUCACCAUCUAAUGCUGCCAUUACUGUACCAAAUAAUUCCGAAUCUUCCAAAUCUAAUUCUGUAACUUCCAAUUCUAAUUCAAUGACAUCCAGUUCUAAUAUAUCCGAAACUCCUAACACAGUAAUUACACCAAACACCCAAGAUGAUUCUAGCAAUGAGCAAACAGGUUCUAAUACUUCAGUUGCUGCAGAUACCAAUGAAACUACUAGUAACAAAAAACUAAAUACGAAAGAUAAACCAGUAACAAUUGUAACUCCCAUAACAACAUCGUCAAUUUAUUCUGAAAGUUCUGAAAAAUUUGGAACAGCGGCAGAAUAUAGUGCUGCACCAGUAGAAUCUUCAAGCAACAGUAAUAUUACCCUAAUUAGUAACUAUAGAUCUCUACCAAUUCUACCUUCCGGUAUGGAUACAUGGAGUGGAUAUCAGAAUACUAAAUUAGAUUCAGGAACUGAUAAUUCGAAAAUUAAGUAUAAACUUUCAAGAGACAAUAAAACAGUUUGGGAUUUAUAUACUGAAUGGUACAUUGGAUUGAAUGGCAAUUUACCAAUUGUUGAGCUAAUCAAAAGCUAUGGUUUUAGAAAAUGGAAAGUUUCUCAGGAUUCCCAUUUUUUCCCAACAAGACGAAUUAUUAUAGAUUAUAUUGAAUCUGAGUGUGAUCGUGACAUUAAUUUAGGAAGAUUCCGCGAUCUUUCAAAACCUAGAGAAGAUUUCAGGAAGAUUUUAGUAGGAGAUUUGGAAAAGUUCCGGAUUAAUAAUAGCUUGACAUUAAACUCGUUGUCUAUGUAUUUUAGAAACUUGAGUAAAGCCAACAAAGAAAUUUGCAUAUUUGAGAACUCUACAAGUUGGCCAGUUCGAAAGAUAGGGGAUGCAGAAAAAGCACAGUACUGUAAGAGACAGCCAACCUCACAAAAUUCUCAUGAUUCUACAGAUUAA